AUGAAGACCUCAUUGGCAUUCAUCCUCACAGCCCUCGUGCUCCCAUUUAUUUCCGCCGCUCCUGUGGAGCAACGCACGCCCCAAUCCGGGCCAGGUAUAAUCGUCUCCUCGCCCAACGGCCAAGAAUGCACCGGCGCAAGUGACGGCGUGUCGCUCGGGAGUAUCGUGGGCAAUGUGUUGGGAUGUGGAGGUGUCGGAGGGAUCUUGGGAGGGAAGUAA